AAACUCUAAUACAUUUUUUUUCCAGCAAAAAAAAGGAAAAAAGAAAAAAAAUCUUAACUGGGUAAGCAUAUUUUUAAAUUAAAUAAUUUUAAAUUUUAAAAAUUAUUGAAAAAUAAUUUGGGGUGCCAGGAACCUUAAGAAUUCCCCGAACUCCAAAACUUAGAGCUUGUAUAGAGCGAGAGAGAAGAUGCAUCUAUGGCCUUCAACGAUGCUCAGGGACUCAUUCAAGCAUGCUUAUCUGAAAAAGCUCGAAUGGAACCUAAGCAGAAUGAAAAGCGAGAAGAAAUCUUCAUCGUCUACAGAGGAGAAACUGUUGGAUAGCGAAGAAGGUGAAGUCAAUGGAGAAGUGGCAGGGACUAAAUCACCAACUCCACAGGCUCCCAAUGGGUUUCUUCUACUUUGCAACGAGAUACUGCUGCUUCUCUCUUGCUGUUAUUGUUGCUUCUGCUGUGGAGCUUGUAUCGAAAAUGAGAACUGAUGCAGUAUCUGUCCGGACAUUUGGUUGCUGAUGUACUUUCAAGAAUUUGGAUUAUGCAGAUUUAAAAUUAAGGACAAUAUUCUGUACAGUAUCUUUCACUGUUUUUAUUUAUUUUUAUAUUCUUGGGUUAUAUGUUAAAUUGUAAAAGGGAAUUUUUUUACCUGAAGCCGAAAGCAGGGCAUGGUGAUUAAAUAUUUGAGCCUUAUUCGGCACAUGGGACUUAGAUUGGAUAUAAUGUUAUAAUGUAGUUCUGUAUUUAGUUUUGGGAUUGGAAUCACUAUUUUCAGUUAAAAAAUAAUAAUAAUAAUUUAGUUUA